AUGGAUCUCACGUUUUGCCGGAGCAAAACGGUUCAUCCAGUGUGCAAACGUUUUUUUGAUCUUUUCAUGGUGAAAAGAUAUUUUGGAGUUUCAAAACCAGCUGUAAUUCUUGGAAUCGAAACCAGUUGCGAUGAAACCGGCUGUGCUGUAGUUGACAGCAAUGCUAAUAUUCUCGGCGAAGCGCUUCAUUCUCAACACUUACUCCACUUGAAUCGUGGAGGAAUUGUUCCACCACUUGCUCAAGAUUUGCACAGAGAACAUAUAACAGAAGUUUGUGAGAAAGCUCUGCGAUCAGCAAACUUGCGAUUGCGAGAUGUUGAUGCAAUUGCAGCUACAGUCAAACCUGGACUUCCUUUAUCUUUGGAUAUAGGUACCAAAUUUGGCAAAUAUUUAUCCAAACUUGGUGGAAAACCAUUUAUACCCAUUCAUCAUAUGGAAGCACAUGCUCUGACAGCAAGAAUGAUUGAAAAGGUGGAUUUUCCUUUUCUAGUGCUACUUGUAUCCGGUGGACAUUGUCUCCUAGCAGUUGUGAAGGAUGUGGGAAAAUUUUAUUUACUUGGUGGAACAAUAGACGAUGCGCCGGGUGAAGCGUUUGACAAGUCAUCUCGAAGAUUGAAGAUGAGAAACAUCCCUGACUACAAAGAUUUGAAUGGUGGAGCAGCAAUAGAGCUUGCAGCAAGCCGAGCAACGGACCCUUUUCAAUUUUCUUUUGAGCCAACAAUGCCUCACUACAAGGACUGCAAUUUUAGUUUCGCAGGGAUGAAAAAUAUGCUGUUGACGUUCACAAAGAAGCAGGAAAAAGAAUAUAACAUUUUGGGCGAUGGGAUAAUCCCUGACCUCAAUAAUCUCUGCGCAGGAUUUCAAAUUGCCGUUGCGAGACACGUGUGCCAUAGAACGAAACGAGCAAUGAUAUUUUGUCAGACAAAAGAAUUAUUGCCUCAAGAAAACCCUACAUUGGUUGUAUCGGGUGGAGUAGCGUGUAAUAAUUUCCUUGCAAAAGGUCUGAACAUAGUUUGUUCGGAACUGGGAUACAAAUUCGUCAGACCUCCACCACAGCUUUGUACUGAUAAUGGUAUAAUGAUCGCUUGGAAUGGGGUUGAAAAGUGGAUGGCGGACAUUGGGGUUCUCAGAGAUCAAAAAGAAAUAAAUGAAGUAGUUAUACAGAGAAGAGCUCCAUUGGGUGAAGAUUGGACAGAAAAAGUGCGUAAAGCAUCAAUAUCAUGUAAAAUGAUAAAGCCUCAUCAAUUCUACGAUUCGUGAGAUCGUGUGAUAUUGUCUGGAUAUGUACAUAAGAAAAAUAAUUAUAUGAAUGAAUACAAGACUCGAUUGAAUGGUUUAAAGAAA